AUCGGUCGAUUAUUCGCACUUGAACACUCGCGUCGUACGGACGACACUUUCACGCUCAUCGCGGUAGAACAAACAGCAGCACCUGGAUAUAAGUAGUGAAGACAGUCUGCUAGCCUGGAAAAUUCAGCGUGGCAGUCGGAAGAAAAAUCGAAUCACAGCUAGAAACUAACUGGCUAGCGCGAAUGGACAUCGUGGAGUAUCAUUUUGUGAUUGUGAUUUGCCUUUGAGGACAGUGUGCACGUGUAUUUUGCUGAGUUUUGGAAAAGUGGCGGGAUUUUUCGAGUUUUUGUUGUAGUUUUAGAAGUUCUGAAUAGUGAAAAGCGAAAACACAGUGACCGAAGUCUGACCAAUCUCGAGAGAGGGAUUCGGUGCUGUCAGUGCUAAACAGAGAAUAUUCAACGAUUUUAGAAAGCUAUCGACACAACCCGAAUCAAGAAUGUCAACCUGCGAGACGGCGACCAGUUCAACUGAGAACAGCGAAAAGUUCUCCAAUUCAAACUCCAGUUCCUCAGCGGAUGUGCCCAAAGAUGCUACCCCCAGUGAAGGCUCUCGGACUGAGAGCAGUUCUCGAGACAACAAAAGAGAGGCCAGUUGGCCCUCUGUGUUGUUCUACAUUCAUCUCAACAUUCUAGGAGUCUAUGGAAUAUUCGUACUAUUCUCUCACACCUCAGCAAUCACUUUCCUAUUCACAUCUUUUUUAACAUUAUGUGGAAUAUUGGGAGCCACUGCCGGGGCACAUAGAUUAUGGGCUCACAAAACCUACCAGGCUUCAACGUUUCUUCGGUUUUCGUUAAUGCUGUGCCAAACGCUAGCAGGGCAGGGCUCAAUCUAUGACUGGGUACGAAUGCAUCGAUUACAUCACGAGAAGUUCCGUACCCCGGACGAUCCAUACUACAGCGAUAAGGAUUUCCUCCAUGCUCAAGUAUUUGCCAACAUCCGGAAGCUCAGCCCCCGACAGGAAAAACUGCUCGAACAGAUCGACAUGCGCGAUCUUGAGUCCGAUAAGAUUGUAAUGUUCCAGAAGCGGUUCUACUGGCUGUUGUACCCCAUCCUGUUCGUUUUACUGCCAAUCAAUGCCCCUCUGGAAUACUGGGGUGAUACCGUGCAGGCUGCAAUUUUCGUUGCCUUUUCCUUGCGAUACCUGCUGGUGUUGAAUGUAGCUUGGUUGAUCAACUCGGCCCACUUCAUCUGGGGACUGGACAAGAACCACAAACAAAGUGACUCCAACAUGGUGUUCGUUGUGACCAAGAGUUAUUGGCCACAGUACCAUUACUUGCUACCGUUCGACUAUCAAAGUGGAGAAUUCGGUAAUUACGGAUCAGGAUGCACUACUGCCUUCAUUAGAGUAUUUGCUGCCAUGGGUAUGGCCACGAAACUACAAACCAUGACUACGGAAGCUGUGAAGAAGGGAUUGACGAUGGCCGUAGACAGCGGACGACCAAUUGUGGACUGUUUGAAACAGGCUGGCGCAGAAGAUAUGUGCAACUUGCAGCGGGAACACUAUCUCAAAAACGAGAGACUUCACUAAUGGAAAAGCACUGAUGGCUACUUAGCUUUAAGAUGAAGUGAGUUUUUUGUACACUGAUGGAAUAUUAAUUUAUUGCAAGCAUUUUUGUUGUCGAAGCCCCCUUAUUUUAUGUAAAAAUAUACGUCACACCAAAAUUGUCUAAUUUUA